AUGCUCAAUCUGUCAAGUGGAGGUGUAUUCUACAAAUAUUCUAAAUUUGUUAAAAACACUGUGAUUUAUACAAAAUUUUAAUAUAAGCAUAUAAAAUGAAUGUGCUUAUAAGAACGAUGUUGCUUGGGCUGCUAGUCCUUGGGUCUUUCCUGGUUAUCACCAUGGCACAGGGCAAACAAAAGACCGGUCUCUCACUAUCUGAAAAAGUACGAAACUUGCAUGAUAUGAAUAUGAAGAAAGCUUUACUUCGUUUCAAUGGGCAGAAAUUCCGGGAAUAUGUGAAGAGUGCACCGCGAAACUAUUCUAUGGUGGUCAUGUUAACAGCUCUAGCACCAUCCCGUCAGUGUCAGAUAUGCCGCCACGCACAUGACGAAUUCACAAUUGUCGCCAAUUCAUAUCGGUACUCACCGACCUACUCGAACAAGUUAUUCUUUGCGAUGGUUGACUUCGAUGAAGGCUCCGAUGUAUUCCAAGCAUUACGCAUUAACACAGCACCAGUUUUCUUGCAUUUCCCUGCAAAGGGUAAGCCAAAGGGUCCUGAUACCAUGGACAUACAUCGUGUGGGUUUCGCUGCUGAGGCUAUAGCCAAAUUUGUUCAUGAACGUACAGAUGUACAAAUACGCAUCUUCCGCCCUCCAAACUAUUCCGGAACUGUGGCUAUGUUAACGCUAGUUGCUCUUGUAGGCGGGUUUCUCUACAUAAGACGUAACAAUUUAGAGUUCCUAUAUAAUAAACAAAUUUGGGGUGCUGUGGCUUUAUUCUUUUGCUUCGCUAUGAUUUCGGGACAAAUGUGGAAUCAUAUACGUGGCCCGCCAUUGGUGCAUAAAAAUAAAAAUGGUGGUGUUGCAUAUAUACAUGGUUCAUCCCAGGGGCAACUGGUGGUGGAAACAUACAUAGUUAUGUUCUUAAACGCCAUGAUUGUACUUGGAAUGGUUCUACUAACAGAAUCUGGUUCACAAAGUGAUCAGAAAAGAGCGCGUAUAUUGGCAAUAGUAGGCUUACUACUAGUAGUGGUGUUCUUUUCAUUUUUACUAUCGGUUUUCCGCUCAAAAGCGCAAGGGUAUCCUUACAGUUUUCUCUUCAAAUAAAUAAAUCGAUGAUCUUCAGGCGAUUCGUAUUUUUCAAAAACAUUCUUAGCUGAGUUGUACAAGUUAUUUUAGAAAGAGUUAAGAAGAGUUUCAAUAAAACUAUUAAAACCUGAA